CCAAAAAGGGACAUUUAUUUUGCUUAAUAAUGUCGUAAUGUCAAAAGAUACACCAUAAUAUUUAGUAAUGAAAAUAUGGCUAAAUACAUCGCUCAAAUCAUAGUUCUCGGCGCCCAAGUGGUAGGAAGAGCGUUUGCGAGGGCUCUCAAACAAGAAAUAGCUGCAUCUCAGGAGGCAGCUAAGCGAGCUGGUGGCGGACCUGAAGGUACCAGGCGAGCUGCUGCAAAUGCAUCCACCGGCCUCACGCUAGAAGAAGCUAUGCAGAUAUUAAAUUUAGAUAAAUUAGAACCAGAGAAGAUCAAUAAGAACUACGACCAUUUAUUCUCUGUUAACGAUAAAUCUAAAGGUGGCACGUUCUAUCUUCAGUCGAAAAUAGUAAGAGCAAAAGAAAGAAUUGAUGCUGAAUUCAAACAGGCGAAUAAAGAAGCAAACUCGCCCAAGGAUGCGCAGAGUCAAAAGAAAGACACGUCAUGAAACCUAGUUAAUUAGUUUGGACAAUAGCUGUUAUUUUUAUUGUUGUAGAUAUUGUUUUAGUUAAACAAACUUGAGUUUUGUAAAAUAUUUUAUUGCGUAGAAAAUGGAUACCACAAUAGUGACUAGAAUACAUCAGUCUUCAUAACAUACAUUGUUGAUUACGCAUUACAAAAUACAAAAAAAGGUAAAAUAAUUUAAAAAAAUAACAAUGUCACAAUAAACAAUGCUUCGGCAUUAUGUCCUCGAAAUAAAUAGAAAUCAAUAAAUAUUUGUUAUGCAUAA